AUGGUCAAUUACGUACUAUUCGGGCUGUUGAUAGUUGUCCCACGGACGGUGUGUGACGCCUCUGACCGCUUUCCUUUUAACUCCCAUGAUAAAAACAACCAAACUGAAGAGGCUCGCGCUGCUGCCGUGAUAUCACACGCAUGGUUCCAAAACGUCACCAGCUACCCCUUAUCGUCAGACACGCGUCCCUUGAUCCUGUACCUUCAAGGUGGUCCCGGAGUUCCUUCGGUAAGGAGCGCGUUCCAAGAAAACGGACCGUUCAUCGAAGACGAAGACUUGAAUAUGUCGUUGAGGAAAUUCAGUUUUACCAACGGCGAGUACGCGCAGAACCAAACUAUCAUCGCCCAACACGUCUAUGAGGCUCUCACGCAGUGCUUUGAUCUGUUUUCCGAGCUCGAGGACAGAGCAUUCUACGUGGCGGGCGUCUCCUACGGAGGAAAAUACACCGUAUCUCUCGCGAGUUACAUCGACGAGCAGAACAAGAUCGCCGCGCGGAAAAUUAACCUGCAUGCCCUGAUCGUAGAGAGCGGCUUCGUGGACCCGGUGCACCAGGUCAAUUAUCGUGACUACCAUUACCAACUGGGUUUAGUGGAAAAGCAAACGAGAGAGAUGCUCAAAAAGAUCGAGACCGCAAUCAUAACGGACAUAAAUAAUGGCGACUAUCAGCACGCAAUGGACAACUACGCAAGACUGAUAGUGCCUUACAAAGGUCCAAGGCUGUUCGAAAACCUCACAGGUUUCGAUAACGACCUCGACUAUCUUGAAGCAGUGGCACCCAGACCGCAUUACAGAGACCUCGUGACGCAAGUUGACUUCCGGUCGGCGAUGCACGUAGGCAACACGACAUUCAACGCGGUUGCUAUCGACGUAUUUAUGAACUUGUUACUGGAUUAUUCGCAAAACGUUGCACCCCAAAUAGCGAAGCUUUUGGAUAAGUACAGUGUUUUUCAUUGGACAGAACGAUGGUGGUAA